ACAAAAGUUCCUGUUCUAAGUAUUCAUAAGAAACUAGGACUGUAGAGUUGGUUAUUCUGCUCCAGCAGUUGAAGAUGACAAGAGAAAUGGGUUGCUAAAGUUUGGGCCCACCAAAGGAUAAAUCAAGAAGAUCCAGUUAUAUUUUCUCAUCCCAGCUUCAUAAAGAUGAAGCCCCUACUGUUCUUGGCUCUGGGGUUGAUCAACACACUUGCUACAGGCCCCCUGGUGACAGAGGGAAAAUUAGAUUGGUUAGUGCUAUCACGCUGUAGUCUUUUUGGGGAGAAUCACAUUCAAACAUUCGAUGGGACAUUUUAUGAUUUUUAUGGAGAUUGCAGUUACAUGCUGGCCGGAGACUGCCACAAACAUUCCUUCUCACUUCUAGCUGAUUACAGAAAUGGCAAGAAGAAAAGUGUUUCUAUGUAUCUUGGAGAAUACUUUGAUAUUCAUUUGUUUUUGGAUGGAACAGCAACACAAGGCGAAAAACGCAUUUCUAUGCCGUAUGCCUCAAAUGGGAUAUUCCUGGAAUCUGAAGCCGGAUAUUAUAAACUUUCCAGUCAGGAACAUGGGUUUAUGGUGAAGAUUGAUGCAAGUGGAAAUGUGCAAGUUGUUCUUCCCAGCAAGCAAUUUAACAAAACAUGUGGCCUGUGCGGCAAUUACAAUCAGUUUGCAGAAGACGAUUUCAUGAUGCAAGAAGGAAUAUUGGCAGAAAAUAGUUAUGACUUUGCUAAUUCCUGGGCCUUGCAUGGAGGGGCGAGAAGAUGCAGGAGAAUGUAUCCACCAAGUAACACCUGCAACAUCUCAUCUGAAACUGCAGAGAAGGACUUCAUGCAAAGAUGUCAGAUGCUUAAGACGUCUUCAGCCUUCAUGCAGUGUCAUCAUUUAGUUGACCCAGAUCCGUACAUAGCCAUAUGUGAAGAUGAUAUGUGUGAGUGUGCCGAGGAGUUAAACUGUCCUUGUCAGACCUUCCUAGAGUAUGCAAGAACAUGUGCUCAACAUGGAGUCAUUACCAGUAACUGGCCAACACAUACUAUAUGCAAACCACAGUGUCCUUUUGGAAUGGAAUACAAUGAAUGUGUAUCCCCUUGUGUCAAGACUUGCCAAAGUCUAAACAUCAAUGAAGUUUGCCAAGAGCAAUGUAUUGAUGGGUGCAGUUGCCCAGAUGGAAAGGUUCUUGAUGGUGACAGAUGUAUACCAGUUUCUGAGUGCUCCUGUAUCCAUUCUGGCAAACGAUAUCCUCCAGGAUCAACUAUUCGACGGGAUUGCAAUUCAUGUACAUGCCAAAAUGGAGCUUGGGAAUGCAGCAAUGAAGAUUGCCCAGGGGAGUGCUUUGUCACUGGACAAUCUCAUUUUAAGAGCUUUGAUAACAAACAUUUUACGUUUAGUGGAAUCUGCCAAUACUUGCUUGCCACAGAUGCAAUGGACAGUACAUUUUCUAUUACUAUAGAAACUGUGCAGUGUGCCGAUGAUAUUGAUGCAGUGUGUACUCGCUCUGCUUCUUUGCGCCUACUGGACAUGCACAAUAUUACAAUUAAACUGAAGCACGGUGGUGGAGUCUCGUUGGAUGGACAAGAUAUUCUCCUCCCUUUGGUUCAAGGCUCUCUGCGCAUCCAGGGCACUGUCAUGUCAGCAGUUCGCCUUACUUACAAAGAAGAUCUGCAGGUGGACUGGGAUGGUCAUGGAAAACUUUUGAUCAAGCUCUCGCCAAUAUACUCAGGUCUGAUCGGUGGUCUUUGUGGGAACUACAAUGGCAAUCAAGGAGAUGACUUCCUUACGCCUUCUGGACUUAUAGAGACUAGCGUGGAAGACUUUGGAAAUUCCUGGAAGCUAAAUGGUGACUGCACAGAUCUAAUGAAACAAGACACGGAUCCUUGUAAUCUCAAUCCCAAGAGAGCCAGGUUCUCUGAAGAAGUAUGCUUUGCUCUUAUGGAUGCCGCAUUCCAAUCAUGCCACAAUGAAGUCAACCCUGCCCCAUAUCUGAAGAACUGCCGUUAUGAUGUCUGCUCAUGCUCAAAUGGGAAUGAAUGUAUGUGUUCUGCACUGUCAACCUAUGCAGCGGCCUGUUCUCGAAAGGGUGUUUUAAUUGAUUGGAGAACACCAGAAUUCUGCCCAAUACAGUGUUCGGAAAGGAAGAUUUAUCAGCAGUGUGGCAGCCCGUGUAAUCAAACCUGCAGAUCUUUGUCCCACCCUGAUGUGGACUGCAGGGAAUUCUGUAUGGAAGGCUGCUACUGUCCCCCUGGCCUGUACACCAAUGAAUAUGGAGAAUGUGUGCCCAAAUCUGAGUGUUCAUGUUAUUAUGAUGGGGAACUUUUCCAGCCUGAUGAUGUAUUUUCCAAUCAUCAUACCAUGUGUUACUGUGAAAAUGGGCUGAUGCAUUGCAGUACAAGCGAAUUGCCAGGUGGCUAUUUUCCUGAAUCGUUCUUCAACCAACCACCAGCCAGAGUAAAAAGAAGUCUAGAGUGCACGCCUCCGUUAAAUAAGAUUAUAUGUCCUGCCGACAAUCCAAAGGCAACUGGAAUAGAAUGUGCCAAAACUUGCCAAAAUUAUGAACUGGAAUGUGUAAGCCAUGGCUGUAUAUCUGGUUGCACCUGCCCAGGGGGAAUGGUCCGGCACAAAUCCAAAUGCGUGGUUCCCCAAAGAUGCCCUUGUUUUCAUGCCGGGAAGGAAUAUGCUCCUGGCUCCUCAGUGGAGAUAGAUUGCAACACUUGUGUUUGUCAAAACAGAAAAUGGCAAUGCACGGAAAAUAUAUGUGAUGCAACAUGUUCAGUUAUUGGAGUGUCGCACUAUCUGACUUUUGAUGGGUUUAGGUACAAGUUUCCUGGUGACUGCCAAUAUGUACUCGCUCAGGAUUAUUGUGGUGGAGCAACAGGGACAUUUCGAAUACUUGUUGGAAAUGAAGGUUGUGGAUUCUCUGGUGAAAAAUGUACUAAAAGAAUUACAAUUCUAUUUAGAAAUGGAGAAAUUGAGCUGAUUAAUGAACAGAUUAAUAUUAAAAAGCCUCUCUCAGAUGAGACCGGAUUUGAUGUCUUGAAGUCUGGUAACUACUUCAUUUUGCUCCUUGGAAAUCAAAUGUCUGUUACCUGGGACAAAGGAAUGAGAGUUUAUGUGACUUUGAAAGAAACCUACAGGGAUAAAGUCUGUGGUUUGUGUGGAAACUUUGACGGAAUUGAAAACAAUGAUCUGAUCAGUAGCAAUAAUCAAAUAGAAAUCGAUCCCAUCAAUUUCGGAAAUUCUUGGAAAGUAAAUCCUCUUUGUGCCGAUGCUGCCAAGUUUGGUGCCGUUUCCCCACUGUCAAUCUGUAAAGACAAUUUGAUGAAGCAGAUGGCAGCAGAAAAUGCCUGCAAUAUUCUUAUGGGCGAUCUCUUUGCAGAAUGUUCAAAAGUAGUAAACCCAGAGCCGUACUGGGAGAUUUGCACAUAUGAUACCUGUACAUGUGAAUCAGUCGGGGACUGCGCUUGUUUCUGUGACUCUCUAGCUGCCUAUGCCCAUGUCUGCGCUCAGAAAGGAAUCAAUGUACACUGGCGAUCAUCCCAUCUAUGCCCCCAAAGUUGUGAGGAGAAGAAUCAGAAGGAUCUUGACUACGUGUGUGAAUGGAGGUACAACAGCUGUACCACUGCCUGUCCUAUCACAUGUCAGCACCCGGAGUCAGUGGACUGUCCACUUAAAUGUGUAGAAGGCUGCCAAGCCUAUUGCCCUCCUGGGAAAAUACUAGAUGAAGUGUCUGAAUCUUGCAUUGACCCUAAGGACUGUCCAGUGUGCACAGUAGAAGGUCGUACAGUUCCACAUGGGAAAAAAAUUAUUUUAAACCGUGAUGACCCUCAGCGAUGUCAGUUAUGCCAUUGUGAAGGAAAACAUUUACAGUGUAAUGUGUGUGAGAUAAGUGGAAUUACAACUGCUGCCCCAACAACUUUACCUGUGGAUAUAAUGCCUACCACUGAGGUAGUAGACACCAGUAUAUAUGAAUGCAAUAAAAUGAUGGACCUGGUUUUCCUAGUCGAUGGAGCCUCGAAACUCUCUGCAGAAGAGUUUGAAGUUGUAAAGGACUUUAUUGUGGGAAUUAUGGAAAAAAUUCACAUCUCACAAAAGAAAAUACGUGUUUCUGUUGUCCAUUAUUAUUCUGCUACAACAGACAGAUCAUUUGGUCUUAAGGAUAACAAGAGGCUCUCAGAGCUAGUUAAAAAGGUCAAGAGUAUGAAAUAUGUUGGAAGUUUGACAUCUUCUGCCCCUGAAGCACUUAAAUAUGCUUCCCACUAUGUGUUUGGGGAAGCUCCAAGGGACAAUGCACCCAAGUUUGCCAUGCUGUUAACAGCUAGCAAAUCCAGCAAAAGUGUGGGAAGUAUAAUGAAAGCAAUCAAUAAAAGAAAGAUCACUGUGAUUCCAGUUGGAUUGGGACCAGAUAUCAGUAUGGAAGAAAUAAAUAUUAUACAAAAGAUGUCGCCCAAGAAUAAACCAUAUAUUUUUGGAAGUGUGUAUGAAUUGCUCCAUCACAGAGAUGAAAUAAUUCAUUAUUUGUGUGACCUUGUGCCAGAGCCACCUAAACCAACAAUUCCUUCUACCAAGAAGCAUGCUGCUACUGAAAAACCAGUACAGAAAGUAACAAUAGUCCCUGUUGAGAAAGUACCAACAACACAAGUUCCUGUGGUUGAACACACAACACAGUCUUCUUGGGACAAAACUGUAGACCUUGUUUUCAUCAUUGAAGGUUCUGAUAAAGUAGGGGAGCUUAACUUUAACAAGAGCAAGAUCUUCCUUGAGAAGAUGAUUCAGAAAAUGCAUAUAAGCGAAGAAACAAUACAUAUAACCAUUAUCCAGUUUUCUUUUACUGUGACUAUAGAGUAUAGUUUCUCAGCGAAACAGACAAAGCAAGACAUCAUCCAAAGAAUAAGGGAGAUUGAGUAUCGGGGUGGCAAUGCUACCAACACAGGGAAAGCCAUCAACUAUGUCUCUGAGCACACGUUCACAACUAACACUGGAAGCAGAGACGAAGUGCCACACCUUGUCUACAUGGUGACAAGUAACCCUGCCACUGACAUCAUCACUAAGGGACCUAAUGACAUAAACAUAAUACCUAUAGCUGUGGGUCCUAAUAUAGAUAUACAUGAACUUGAGCUCAUUACUAACUCAAUGGAUGAAAUCAUAUUAAUUGAAGAUUAUGAUGUGCUUAUAUCAGAUGCCCCAAUACUGGUGUUAGACAAAUGCUGCUCACGAAAAGUUUUAUCAACAACACUGUUACCACCAACUACGACUCCAGCAACUCAACCAAUAGCAGAUAAGUGUAGAAAACCUAUGGAUGUGAUCUUUAUCUUGGAUGGAAGUUCUAAUGUCAGAGCAUCACAAUUUGAAGAGAUGAAAACAUUUGUUAAGGCUUUUAUUAAUAAAGUUAACAUUGGAGUCGAGGCAACAAAGAUAUCUGUCCUUCAGUAUGGAUGGACAAACAUUCUGGACAUUGCAUGGACAGAUCCCCAGGCGAAGGAAUAUCUUCUGAAAGCAGUAGAUAACAUUCAAAAAAUAGAGGACGGACCAGCAAAAAUUGGUGAGGCAUUGCUCUUUGGUGUUCGAACUGCCACAUCAGAGGUGCACGGAGCGAGACCUGGUUCCACCAAAAUUGUAGUCAUCGUUAUUACAGACGUAUCCCUGGAUCAAGUGACUGAGGCUGCCAACAGUGCAGUGAUUAACAGGGUAUCAGUGUUUCCCAUUGGUAUUGGAACCAGAUAUGAUGAUCAGCAGCUGAAGGUGCUAGCUGGUCCGUCUGCUAAUAAGAAGAUUACAAAGCUGCAAAUUAUUGAAAAUCUGCCAACUAUGGUCACCUUGAGCAGUGAAUUUAUCAACAAAGUUUGCACUGAGUUUGUCACAGUUUGCAUUGAUGAAGAGGGCACUCAAAGAAAGCCUGGAGACAAGUGGAUGUUGACUGAUAAAUGCCACAGUGUGACUUGCCUGCCAGAUGGUAAAACCCUUCUGGAGAGCCACAAGGUUAAUUGUGAGAAGAUACCCAAACCUAUGUGCCAUAACAACCUGCCAGCAAUGAAAAUAGAGGAGACAUGCGGAUGCCGGUGGACUUGCCCAUGCAUGUGUAUGGGAAGUUCCACUAGACAUAUUGUGACGUUUGAUGGCUUGGAUUUUAAACUCAUGGGUGCCUGUUCAUACGUGCUCUUCCAUGAUAAUGUACAUGAUGUAAAAGUUAUCCUUCACAAUGGGGAAUGCAACUCAACAAAUCAUCAAACAUGCAUGAAGUCAGUUGAAGUGAAACACAAUAAAUAUUCUAUACUACUUUCAUCUAACAUGCAGGUUUCUGUCAAUGGAGAAUAUGUUCAACUUCCUUAUGCAAAUGAUAACUUCAAAGUCACACUGUAUGGAGAAAUUGUGCAUGAGAUAACAAUUCCUCAAUUAGGAUUUGUAUUUACAUUUACACCAGCAAACAAUGAGUUUAUGCUUCAGCUCAACCCAACUGCAUUCUCUUUAAAAACCUCCGGCCUUUGUGGCAUCUGUGACCAGAAUACAGUGAACGACUUCACUUUGACUGAUGGGUCAGUGACUACAGAAAGCAGUAAAUUCAUAAAGGACUGGACCGUUGUCGACAGUCUGGGCAGAACAUGCGAAACCAAACUGGACGAAGCGUGUACACAACCCAUCAGUUCCAAAUGUAAAAUUAUGUUUUCCAAAACAUUUGAGGAAUGCCAUGCAGUAUUUCCACCCAAACCGUACUUUACAGUAUGUGAAGAAGCGAGCUGUCAUGCUCAAGAUAUCUGUGAGGUCAUUGCUGCAUAUACGCACGUGUGUAGAAUUAAUGGAGUCUGCAUCAACUGGAGGACCCCAGAUUUCUGCCCGAUGGAAUGCCCAAGAUCUAUGGUAUAUCAUCACUGCCACGUGGGGUGCAAUAAGGAAUGUGGAAAAACACCCAAUGGAACGCUCUGCUCGGAUUCCCAAUCAGAAGGCUGUUUUUGCCCUGAGGGAGAUGUAAUGUUUAAUGGGAAAUGUGUCAAUAAAAAAGUCUGCUCCCAGUGCACAGACAGUUAUGGAGAGGAACACCAGCUUUUAGAGACCUGGGUCCCUACAAAUGAUCCCUGCUCCAUUUGUAUGUGUCUUGAAGACCGGAUGAUUAAUUGCAAAGCAAUGCCAUGCCCAACAGUCAAACCUCUCACUUGCGGCCCCUGUGAAAUUCCGAGACUGAAAAAGACUUCUGACCAAUGCUGUCCUGAUUAUGAGUGUGUUUGUGAUCUUACAACAUGUGAAGUGAAUCCUGUGCCACAUUGCGAGAACGGCCUUUUACCUGUCCUUACAAACCCAGGGAACUGCAGACCCAAGUAUGAGUGUGCUUGCAGAAUAGAAGAAUGUCCGAACUACAAGAACCUGAUCUGCCCAGCUCACAAAAAGCUUUCGCUGCAGAAGACCGAAUGCUGUGACAAGUACGAAUGUGUUUGCAGCUGUAUAAACUCUACGGUCCUUUGUCCAACCGGAUAUAGUUCAUCAAUCUCAACCAACGACUGUGGCUGUACAAGUGUUACUUGCAUCCCAGACAAGGUCUGUUUAUAUAAGAAUGAUAUUCACCCAGUUGGAAGUGUGUGGGAAGAUGGGUGCAGAUCCUGCACAUGCACUGAUAAGAAAGAUUCCAUAACAGGGCUUCACAUGGCAGAGUGUCUCCGACUAAGAUGUAAUACCAACUGCGGUCCAGGCUUUACAUACAUGAAGAAAGCAGAGGAAUGCUGUGGAAAGUGCAAAAAAACAGUGUGCGAGCAGAAAAUCAGUCCAAGAGGGCAAGGAGACAUUGAUUUCUCUGGAGAAACAACCCGCUGGUAUAAUGUUGGUGCCAUGUGGAAUUCUCCUACAGAACCAUGCAUUGUAAACGAGUGUGUCAAAGUGAAUGAUGAGGUUUUCAUUCUUCAAAAGAAUGUAAGCUGCUCUGAAAUCAGUACUUCCAAGUGCCCGACUGGAUAUGAGCUGAUCUGCAUGCAAGGAACAGAAUGCUGCCCUAUAUGCCAGUGCGAGCCUAUUCCCGGCUGUCCUUACAAUGGAAGUAUUAUUGCGCCAAACACAGGAAUAAUGAUAGAUGAAUGUUCAAGCUGUGAAUGUACCACGCCAAAAGGGUUAAUUAUGAGUUACAAACUGACAUGCAAGAAAAGGACUUGCCCGGCAUGCCCUAAGAAUUACAUUUUGAAAAAAGAAGAGGGAUCGUGCUGUGGAAAGUGUAUCCAAACUUCUUGUUCUGUGAAACUGAAAAAUGGAACCAUAAUUUAUGUUAAGCCAAAUGAAACUGUGAGAGAUGGAUGUGACAGUCAUUCCUGUAAAAUAAAUAAUCUCGGUGAGUUCACCAGAGAGAAGAGAAUAACCAGCUGCCCACCCUUGAACCGAGAAAAAUGUCUGGCUGAUGGGGGUAAAAUUAAAGAACUGGAUGAUUCUUGCUGUGAAACUUGUGUGGAGCCAGAGUGCAAGCAAGUAACUGCAAUGAUAACUUAUGUUCAGGUUAAUGACUGUACAUCUGACAGACAACUUAACCUUCACUAUUGCGAGGGCAAGUGCACCAGCAAGUCAAGCUAUGACAUUGAAACACACAGCAUGAAGGACCAGUGUAUCUGCUGUACUGCUACCCAGACAGAAGCCAUGAAAGUGCCACUCCGCUGUGCCAAUGGCACUGUGAUUGAACAUGAAGUUCUGCAAGCAAGAAGCUGUGAAUGUAUGUCCCAUAAAUGUACUCAAUAAAACAAGGGAGUUCAUGAUGGAAGUCUGAGCCUGCUCUAUGCACUCCUACUGGGCACCGUGAAAUGCAAUAUAAUGUACAUACACGCCCAGAAAGGAUUUCAUGCUCAGCUGUGUUUAUAUAUAUCAUUUCAUGUGAAAUACUCUCGCAUGAGUUCAUUUAACAACUGCUGUGCUGAUAACCCUCUGGAUAAUAUGGCAGUCAUAUACAAGAAAUAAAGAGAAUUUAUUGUUGUAGUCUAAAUUACUUUUAAAGUUAGGAAAAGGAAAUAUAUAUAUAUAUAUAAAAAUAUUUUUUCAAUUGGUACAUAUACCUUUUAAAAUAAAGAAUAUGGCAUAUGAAGUAUAUAUUUGCCUUAUAGUGCAAUAAUACGGGUCUUUAAGGAAUAUCACUUGUGUUAUGUGCAAAAAAUAAAAAAAAUAUUUUACAUUAGA